UACAUGAGAAUCAAAUUUUGUUUUGGAUUUAGCCAAAAUGGAGGCCCAGAUUCGUUGGGCUUAUCAAAAUUGCAAAGGUAAUAUACAAUUUUACCCUUUUUUGUUUAUUAAAAGCCUUGAAAGAUUACCUGAAGGCAUGGGAAAGCUGAUUAACUUGCAGCAUCUUCAUGUUAUGGGUUGUGUUGAUCUAAAAUUGCCCAAGGGGAUUGCAAGGUUAAAAAGUCUACGAAUGCUAGACGUAGUUUACAUCCACGGCAACGAUGACGUUGAUAACAACAAAGAAGCAUUAUUCGAGUUAAGUGAUUUGAGAAACAUGGACCAGCUUCGUGGGAGUUUUUGUAUUUGGUUUGGUACGGAUCUAAAGGACGUGAGGCAGGCCGAGAAAGGGCAUUUGGUGAACAAAAAUUGCCUUGUCAGUCUGAAAUUGAGUUUCUUCUCUGACACGUGGCAGCCCAAACCCAUCCAGGAAGAAACAAUGAAUGCCUUACAACCACCUCCAAAUCUGGAAUCCUUAUUUAUUGAAGGCUACUGUGGCACCACACUUCGGCCCCAUUGGAUGACGUCGUUAAACAAAUUGAGAAGCCUUACCCUUCAAUAUUGCCACUUCGUUGAGUGUGUGCCUCCUUUGGGGAGAUUGGAGUCCCUUGAAGUACUAGUGAUAUACAAAUGGCCUCGCGUGAAAAAGGUAGGAGUUGAGUUUUUGGGAAUAGAUGGAACAAUAGAAACGCAAACAUCCUCAUCACCACUGAUUUUAUUCCCAAAUUUGAAAACACUUUUAUUCGACUCUUUGUAUACUUGGGAAGAGUGGGAAGGAAUGACAGGGUGGAGUGAAGAAGAGGAUUCUCAAAAGACAAUUACAAUAAUGCCCUGCCUUUCUUCCUUACGAAUUAUUGAUUGUCAUGUGCUUAAAACACUGCCCAACUUCUUACGAAAUACACCAUUGAAGGAGUUGGUCAUCGAAGGUGGCGUCAUGUUCGACUUUCUAGCACCAGUUGCACAAGGUUGCCGAAAAGGCAGAGGAGAGUGGCCCAAGAUUUCUCACAUCCCAAACAUCAAACUUGGUAAAGAAUUUGUACAAAAAGACGGAGUUUACCAAAUUGAUGAUGACAUCUUCUUCUGGUAAUGUUUAUCUAUAUUAUUCAUUUAUCAUCACAAAUUUUCUUCUUUUCUUUAUGUUUGUUCUUUUUUUGUGUGGAAAUUCCAUGUCGAUUUAUUUGAAUACGAAAGAAGAAGAACAAACUAAUGAUGAAUCCCUAAUGGAGGAGGACCAUGCUGCUUCCACCUCUUCGGGUAAUUAUUAAGAUUUCUCUUUGUUAAUGUCUAUUUAUAUUAUUAUUAUUUUUUUGCCAAUAUUUAUAUUAUUCAUUUAACAUCACAAAUUUUCUUUUUUUUUUUUAUGUUUGUCUUUUCUUUGGGAAAAUUCCAUGUCUAUUUAUUCAAAUACCAAACUGAUGAUGGUGGGGAAUAUACAGUGGUUGGAGAAUGUUUUUACUUUUUUUUUUAUAUAUUUUGCAAAUAUUUUUUAAGAGGAUAUAUAAUAUAUAUAAUUUUUUUAAUGGUUUGAAAUUCAUUGGGUUAUGUAGGUAUUAUAACAUUUCUCUAAAAAAUUGUCUCGGGUUAUAAAUCCUCUAUGUGCCGACGACCCCUAUUUUCAAAUUCCAGCAGUUGAAGGUAUUUUCUGGCAUGCAAAGAGGGAAGUCCCAUUUGAAUUCACACUUUGUAGAUAAUCUUGUCAUGUGCGUACGUUGUACAGUAGGGAAAAUAAUUAUAAUAUAUGAUAUGUAUG